AUGUUCAUCGCUCUAUCUAUUGCUAAAGCAUUUUCUACAUUACGACACCAAUCAUUCAUCGUUCAAUCAAUUCGUCAUGUUAGUGAAGCAUCAUUCCAAACGCAACCAUUUAAACUACACCGAUUAAAUUCUGGUCCAUCAACAAAUGUUACUGUUAACAAAUCAGAUGCACUGAAAAUGUAUAGGCAAAUGCAGGUAAUUCGUAAAAUGGAGCAGGCAUCAGAAUUAUUGUAUAAAGAACGAAAAAUUCGAGGUUUUUGUCAUCUUUAUGCUGGACAGGAGGCUUGCGCUGUCGGGCUUUAUGCUGCAAAAGAUCCUGAUGAUGCCAUUAUAACUUCGUAUCGUUGUCAUGGAUUUGUUUAUUUGGUCAGAAAUAGUAUAAAAGAAGUACUUUCUGAACUACUUGGCCGUUCACAUGGUAACGUCAAUGGAAAAGGUGGUUCAAUGCAUAUGUAUGGCAAAAACUUUUAUGGCGGUAAUGGAAUUGUUGGUGCGCAACAGCCAAUUGGAGCUGGCAUAGCUUUUACAAUGAAAUAUAAACGCAAGCCAAAUUUAUGUUUCACCUUAUACGGUGAUGGUGCUGCAAAUCAGGGGCAACUUUCGGAGGCGGCAAAUCUUUGUGCUUUAUGGCGUCUACCAUGUGUUUUCAUUUGUGAAAAUAAUGGAUAUGGAUUGGGUACACCAAUUUCACGAUCCUCUGCAUCAACAGAUUAUUAUGCUCGUGGCGAUUAUAUUCCCGGAAUUUGGGUUGACGCCAUGGAUGUGCUUGCGGUACGAGAGUCGAUUAAGUUCGCCAGAAAAUAUUGCACUACUGAUGGUAACCGUCCAUUAUUUAUUGAAUUCGCAACCUAUCGAUUCUACGGUCACUCCAUGUCUGAUCCAGGAACAAGCUACCGAAGUCGUGAGGAAGUACAAAAUGUUCGUAAGACAUGCGAUCCGAUUUCGCUGUUAAAAAAUAAAAUCCUAGCUUCUAAUUUGGCUACGAAGGAUGAAGUGAAAUUAAUUGAAAAACAAGUAAAAGAUGAGGUAAACGAAGCAGUUAAGUUUGCAAGGGAUGAUCCGGUAAUUUCUAUGGAUGCACUUAUCACUGACAUUUAUCACAAUACGCCACCCAUUAUAGUUCGUGGUCGUACGAUGGAUGAUAUCAAAGUACAGCCGUAUACUCGAACGAGUGAUAUCAUUUAG